AAUCGUAUUAUAUCCCUCUUUAGUCCUCCAAACUCCUCAACCUAAUACUAAUACUAAGAUUUUGUAUCCAUCUUUAUUUCUCUAUGGCUUUAUCUUGUUGUGCCUCUUCUGCUGCUUCCUUUAAACAAUAUCCCUCAGUUUCUCAAAACAGAUCAUAUCAGAAAAUUGAAAACCCCAUCCUUAGAAACAAUAAUAAUAUUGAUCUAGUUACUAAACCUAGUACAUCACAAAAGUGGAGCGUUGCCCAAUAUGAUCAUAAUAGUUUGCUUUCUAGUAGCACUCCCUUGGAAAGCUACAAUCUAUCAAAGCACUCUUACAAUAACAAAAUUGCUAUCAGCAAAUUAUUAGCAGGAGAAGAUCCAUCUGAUCAGGCUCUCAAGGUGAUCGAUGCUAUCCAACGGCUAGGCAUUGAUUACCUUUUUCAGGAAGAAAUCGAAAAAAUUCUGGGAAACCAGUUUAUGUCAUUUGAUCAUUACACUAGUAACAAACAUAAUAUUGAAGAUCACCUUCAUGACACUGCACUUCGUUUCCGACUCUUGAGACAACAAGGUUACUUCGUGCCUGCAGGUAUAUUUAACAAGUUGAAGGACAAGAAAGGGAAUAAUUUCAAGACAGAGCUAAGUAAAGACAUGAACGGGUUGAUGGAGCUAUAUGAAGCUUCACAUGUGAGCAUAGAAGGAGAGGAUGUUCUUGAUGAAGCCAACAUAUUUAGUAGUCAGCUCUUAACGGCGUCCAUGACAUGCCUCGGUGAUGAUCAUCGUCGGGCUAGAGCUAUCGCAAACACACUGGAGUAUCCGUGCCACAAAACCUUGGCCAAGUUCACGGCCAAGAACCUUUUCGGUGCCACUUCGCAUUUUGGGAGUGCCAACGGAUGGAUAAAUGUCUUACAAGAACUUGCCAAAUAUGAAUUCAAUCAAGUCCAGUCCCUACACAAGAGGGAAAUUCUUCAAAUAUCACAGUGGUGGAGAGACAUAGGUUUGGCUAAAGAGUUGACAUUUGCGAGAGACCAGCCACUUAAAUGGUACAUUUGGUCCGUGGGAUGCCUAACAGAUCCCAGCUUGUCGCAGCACAGGGUUGAGCUAACAAAACCUAUUGCGUUCAUAUAUGUAAUAGAUGAUCUUUUUGACGUUUAUGGGAACCUUGACGAACUCACUCUCUUCACCGAGGCAAUCAAUAGAUGGGACAUUACUGCUGUGGAGAAACUUCCUCACCACAUGAAGAUAUGCUUCAAAGCGCUUGAUAAUUUAACUAAUGAAAUCAGCCACAAGGUCUAUCAAGAGCAUGGAUGGAACCCGUCGCACUCUCUUAGAAAGACGUGGGCCACUUUGUGCGAUGCGUUUUUAGUGGAAGCAAAAUGGUUUGCAUCCGGGCAAGUCCCAAAGACAGAAGAGUAUUUGAGGAACGGCGUGGUUAGCUCAGGAGUGCAUGUGGUGUUGGUCCACGUGUUUUUUCUGCUGGGUCAAAGUAUAACUCAAGACACCGUUGACUUUGUGGACAAAAUGCCUGGGAUUAUAACUUCCACAGCAGCAAUUCUUAGGCUUUGGGAUGACUUGGGAAGUGCCAAGGAUGAGAAUCAAGAAGGCCAUGAUGGAUCAUAUGUGGAGUGCUACAUGAAGGAAAGACAAGGCUCUUCAAUUGAAGAGGCACGACAGAACAUAACUGAAAGGAUUUCGGAUGCUUGGAAGUGCCUCAACAAAGAGUGUCUUUCUCCAAAUCCACUUCCUGCGACAUUCUUAAAGGCUUGUCUUAAUGUUGCAAGAUUGGUUCCAUUGAUGUAUAGUUAUGAUGACAACCAACGCCUUCCGAGCCUUGAGCAGCAUAUGAAAUCCAUGUUUUAUGAACGUGUACCCAUGUAAUAUACAUCAUUAAAGAAAAUAAUUACGUUGUGCUUAAUUAUCGGAUUCGUGUUGAUAUUAAUGUAGAAUCACCUCGAUUGUUAAUAUAUAGUUCAAGUACAAUAGUAUGCUUUUUAUAUAAAAAAAAAAACCACUUUUAUGCUAGAAAGUUGUGUGUGUGUGUGUUCUCCUCCCUGACCUGUAUGUACUUUGGUUUUUCCCAGAAUUUUUGAUACUUUGUACUUCGUAUAAGAUUAAACCAUGGUACAUACCAAUCAAAUUUCUCCCUUUAAA